CACUAAUGCUAACCAGCUGUGUAGAUUAGCUACUCUCGCCGGUUCAUGCUCACAGUCGGGUGUCGCACGUUUUUACUGCUUAUAUCUUCCGAAUUUAGAUAUCUGCCACAGAGCCGCCUGGCAGUGAUUGUGCUGUCUCUGUGUUGUUGUUUUAGUUAAAGAUAAUGCAACUCAGGAGCUAAAAUGAGAGAAGGAGUUUGUGUUGAGUGACUCAGCUCCUGUGAAGCCAUGGAGAAGCCCUGGAGGCUGUGGGGGGCUAUGGAACGUUGUACCCUGACUUUGGCUUCCUGGUCUUGGGGUGCAUGUCGUGUCUCUCUACUGGCCCUCAUCCUCACCUUCCACCUCUACGGUGGAUUCUUCCUCUUGGCUCUUAUUCUUGCAUCUGUGGCAGGCAUCCUUUACAAAUUUCAGGAUGUGCUCCUCUAUUUUCCCGACCAGCCCUCCUCUUCCCGCCUUUAUGUUCCCAUGCCAACAGGAAUUCCACAUGAGAAUGUGUACAUUCGCACCAAGGAUGGUGUGAAGCUCAACCUCAUCCUGCUUCGCUACACAGGAGGGGAUACACCACCUGGAGUGACGCCUGGCAAUCAAAGCAGCCCCACUUCCUCUGCUCCACCCACUAUCCUUUAUUUCCAUGGUAAUGCUGGUAAUAUUGGUCACAGGGUGCCGAAUGCCCUGCUGAUGCUGGUAAAUCUGAAAGCCAAUGUUGUGCUCGUGGACUACAGAGGAUAUGGAAAGAGUGAGGGUGAACCUAGUGAGGAUGGGUUGUACCUGGAUGCAGAAGCCACACUGGACUAUGUUAUGACACGUCCCGAUCUGGACAAGACAAAGGUGGUACUGUUUGGUCGCUCAUUAGGGGGUGCUGUGGCUGUGCGUUUGGCUUCAGUCAACCCUCAUCGUGUAGCAGCGAUUAUCGUUGAAAACACCUUCCUCAGCAUCCCCCACAUGGCAGCAACACUAUUCUCCUUCUUGCCCAUGCGCCUCCUACCCCUGUGGUGCUAUAGGAAUCAGUUUCUGUCGUACCGGCAGGUGGUGCAGUGUCGCAUGCCCUCUCUGUUUGUGUCUGGUCUUUCUGACCAGCUCAUCCCCCCAGUCAUGAUGAAGCAACUGUAUGAGCUAUCCCCUGCACGGACUAAACGCCUGGCCAUCUUUCCAGAGGGUACACACAACGACACAUGGCAGUGUCAGGGCUACUUUGCUGCUUUAGAGCAGUUCAUGAAAGACCUCCUGAAAAGCCAUGCCCAUGAGGAGAGUGCUCAGCCUUCUGCUAGUGUCACUAUUAUCUAAAAAAAGAUGGUCAGAGACUGCCUGUUGACCACAGAAUAAGAGUUGGAAAAGUGAAAUCACUGAAUCAACUGGGUGGAUUUUUUUGGAAGAAUGUAAAUUUUUUAUGCAUUUGUCUGGAAUUUUAAUUUUAUUUCACUCUUUUUACUUCUUUCUGUAAAAUUAACAUAUUUGUUAAAAAAAGACUUCAAAAUUUUUGAGAGGAUGACAUUGUCUACAUGGGUUUUAGUGUUGCAGCUAUGAAUGCAUGACCUUUUAUGAAUGAAGCCAGAGUAAUCAUGCCCAUACUGCAAGACAUUUCACACCUGCAAAUGAUUGGCUGUAGUGAAUCCAACGAAAGGAACUAAAAGUGAAACAUUUAGUCAUUGUAUACGGCCUUUUGAGGACAUGCAGUAUUUCAGUAAAAUUUAAUAACUACUGGAAGUGAAGUGAUAUACAAAUUUAAAAAAAGACACUGUAUGUAAGCCUAUACUGUAUAUAUAUCUUUUGUUCAUAAAGCACUUUUUUGUUCAGAUUAUAACAUGUUGAGUUAUUUAGGCUUAUAUUUUUGAGCAAUACUUAGAAGAGCUUAAGGAUGUGUUUUCCCUUCCCCUGUAUGGAGAAUCAUUAAUAUGGAGGACUUGCAGAUGCUUGGCAUGUAAUGACAUUGUAGUGAUUAAUAUAUCUAUUUAUAUAUAUAUAUAUAUAUACCCAUGAAAUUGUAUUUGGCACAAAAGCAUCAAAUGUGUGCUCUGUGUGUGGUGAAUAUUUAGAUUCAGCCACAAAACAUGUUGGCUGGGCAAAGUGGCCAGUAAGACAACCUUGACAUGUAUUUUUUACUUUUCCUCAUUCCAAAUGAGUUGUCCUCAAGCUUUUGGUUUUCUUUUUGCUUCUAAGCCAUUGGAAUAAGUUACAAACAGAAAAACAUUCUCCAUUAUUACAUGUAAAGGCCCCCAUCAUGGGCUAGGGUAGCUACUGAACCAGUUUGGCUCCAGUACUGUUUGGUAAGGAGGAUUUGGUCAGUGUGUUUUGCUGCAAUAGUGUAAUACACUGUUGGAAAUAUGAAUAUUAGAAGAGCUGUUUAUCACUACAGUUAUUUCUUGUGCUGAGGUUCCUAUCUAACAUAACUCAUCUAUCAAAUGCAGGAUAAAAUGCAAUGUUUUUAGUGUGAAGUAUAUUUAAUUAAAUGGGCUCAGUGAACUUUCUGUUGCUCUUUGGACAGUACAAUAAUGGGGUUAUAAGAUGAAGAAUCCAAACCAAUGUUUGAUUAUCAUUAAUAGACACUCUGAGGAAUAGCUCCUUACCAAACAACAGCUGCCAGACAUGUUCAGUAACGUAACAAAUUCAGGCAAGUCAAUCCCAGAGAUCAUCCUUUAAGAAUUAAAAUAAGGUAUUGUGAUUAUUUGUUUCUAUUAUCCCAGGCGUUGUAAUUGUUAAUUUGGGGAUUCUAGUUUCUUGUCUCACCCCAUGCUUAUGUGGCACAAUGGCUUUACUCUCUUGGAGGGCUUUUAAUGAGCUAAUUAACCUUUCCUGCAUGUCUUCCAGGGGGUGGAGCAGAGCCUGACAAUUAAAACACUGUUAUCUGCUCUUGCUUUCAAAGUGCAGCACACUGCACUGCAGUGGUAUUAAAGCCAUUUGAUGACAGAUUUCCUUAGCCAUACUUAAUACUGUCUGUAAACAGUACAUUAAAUGAAAUGUAUUGAACACCAAAAGAUCAAAUAUGUUUGUGUCAGUUCACAUCUUGAAAAAUGGUCCAAGGUUACUAUGAAUGUAAAUUGUGGGCUUAAAUUAACAAGUGUGCUUUAUAAGAUAAAAAAUAAUGUAUAGAUAGUCUUUUGUGUGACUUUUUUCACCUGUGACACUAGACAGUUUGAAAGUUUUUUGUAUUAUAUUGACUUCAUAAUCUGAGGUAGAUCAACCAGUUUUUGUUUCAAGUGUCAUUCAUCCCACCUAAAUAUACAGGCACAUUGUGCAGUCUACAUUCAGGAGAGUUUACAGCUGUUCUGCUGAUAGUUUGCACGUUAUCCUAUUCAUAAAAUGUAGAAAGAGGGUGUCAUUCACAUGCUUACUUGUUUUGGUGGCUGGUCUGAAUCCAUAACAAAUAGCACAUGGGUUUUUUGCUUUAUCCUGUUAUUGUCCAAGAUCCUUUUGCUGAAAAAACAUCCAAUCAAACUGAAUGUCUGGUCAUUUUAUCAGUAGCUCCGUGUUGUACAAAUGCACUAUUGAACAUAUUUUUAUAUGUUCUCAUGAUUGUGAAUAGAAUAAUGAAAAUGGUUGACUACAGAGGGGAAGUUUUUUGGCAUAAUUUGGAAUUUGCAAACUGGCAUGUGAUUAUGUUGAGUGUUGGGGGGUGGGGGGUCCUGCAAUGAACCUGCACAGUGUUUGUGAACGUUUAUUGUUUACUGCGAGUGACUCCACAUUGAAGACGUACUUGUGAACAGCAGACAUCUGAAUGAUUCAUCUUUAUCUCAAGUAUAAAGCCUGUCGGUUUGAGUGCUUUUCCAUUUUAAGAGUUCUGUUUCUUUUCUAUUUCAGAACGUCAACUUCUUUUGUAAGCACACAUUUUCACUUUCUAUUUUCUGUACUGUAACAUGCAAUAAAUUGAUACAUAUA